CCGGUCCCGUCUCUGCAGUUGAUUUAUCGGCCUGUCCACAACCGAGCUCUCCUGUACAGCCAGCUCUCCUCAUCCUUUCUGCACUAUGGGCAACCAAAGCCAUAUCGAGCGAACGGCCCAUGAGCCACGCGACACCUCCCUGCAUACCCUCACCAUCUCCCGCAUCACCCAAUUCUCCCCGACCGUUCGCAUCUUCCGCCUUGCCAUCCCCCCAGAUGACAACAUAACCUUCCUCCCCGGUCAAUGGGUGGACCUCUACCCACCCCCAGAAGCCGGGGUCACCAAACCAGGCGGCUUCACCAUCACCUCCUCCCCCUCUGCAGCCUCGCCCAGAAGAAGAAGAAGACACACCCCCGACCCCAGCCAUGACCCCAACCACCCUCUUCAACCCCCAGUAGGAAAUGUCGAAGAAGAUGCGAAAGAAGGAGACGAAGGAGAAGGAAAAGGCGAAGCAAGCGCGUACAUCGAGCUCGCGAUCCAGCACUCGCCGCAGAACCCCGCCGCCGCCUACCUCUUUCUCCCCCGCACUCGCCUCCUCCACAGCCCCGUCCGCGUCCGCGUCGGCGGCAGCUUCGUCUUCCCCCCGGCCCUGCCGCCCCCCUUGCUCUCCUCCCUGCGCAAGGCCGUGUUCGUCGCCGGCGGGAUGGGCAUCAACCCGCUAGUAAGCAUGCUCGUCUGGAUAGGCGAGCAGGCGGCGGCAGCGGGGGGCGGCAGCCGGUGGGCGGAUCUCGAGGUGGAGGUGCUGUACAGCGUGAGGGACCCGCGCGGCGGGGAGGAGGAGCAAGACUCCGGCGCUGUGUCCGGGAGUGGGAUACUCUUCCUGGAACGGGUCGCGCGGCUGUUUCGGAGCGGAAGGGUCAAGGGCCGGUUGAAGCUGUUCCUUACCGGGGGCGUAUUCGCUGGCAGCGGAGCACAAGAGGCGGAGAGACAGGGUGUAGUGAGUUGUAAUGGCGGUGCAGAUCUAGUUCCGUUCUCUAGGAAGAGGAUGACGGUAAGGGACGUGCAAGAAGCUGUUGGAAAGAACAAGGGAGCCACAGUCAUCUACAUCUGCGGCGUGCCGCGCAUGACUGAUGAUUUUGUCGAGGCGUUAGUGUCGCCAGAGGGUUUUGGCAUGGACCAGAAGAGGGUCUUAUUUGAGAAAUGGUGGUAAAUACCAUUUCUGAGUGACACUAGAGAGAGACGACAUGGCCACAUCCUCGGCGUUCAAGAUACUGAUACCUAGGAGACGAAGGUACUCUGUCCCGUCUCGAAACUUAUGCUCAGACCGCUCUUCUGCUCGAACGCAAAUAUU